CCAGCUCGUGACAUCCAAGCGUGGGAAUACGUCCCACUUGGCCCAUUCCUUGGCAAAUCCUUCGGCACCACAAUCUCACCGUGGGUUGUGUCUAUGGAAGCUCUGCGGCCAUUUAUGGUCCCUAACCCAGAGCAGGAUCCUGCGCCGUUGAGUUAUUUAGCUCACUCUGAUCCCUACACUGUGGACAUCAAUCUGGGAGUCACAAUCAAACCAGAAGGAGGGACUGAGCAUUCAGUUUGCAAAACUAGUUUCAAGCACCUUUACUGGACUCUGAAACAACAACUCGCUCAUCAUACGGUAAACGGAUGCAACGUAAACCCUGGUGAUCUGAUGGGAUCUGGGACUGUGUCAGGACCCGAAGAAGGUGCAUAUGGUUCAAUGCUUGAGCUUUCGUGGAGGGGAGCCAAAACAGUCGCUGUUGGAGAUCAGACUAGGAAGUUUUUGCAGGACGGAGACGAGGUGAAUCUCGUCGGUUAUUGCGAGAAGAACGGUGUUCGCAUUGGAUUCGGUGAAUGUCGUGGCAAAGUGCUCCCAGCACUUUGA